AUCAGAUGUCCUCGGCUGGUUUGACUUGUUUUAUAUAAGAGAAGCAAAGAAAUCAAAUAUAGAAUGUGUCCUUGUACAGCUGGAUAUUGAGCUGUAGUUGGUGUUGGCAACAACAUAAACAUGCAUACACUAGCCACCGGGAUUCUUCUCCAAUUCACACCUGUACCUGUAGUCCCGUGUCUAACAACGACAUCAUAAUAAUAUGGUUGUCAAUGAAAUCAAAGUGAUUCACGACUUUGUCUGUGCUGUAAGUACUCUGUAUGCUGUACCUUCAGUAAUGUACACGGUUAACUAUCGCAGUGGUGCUACAUCGCCAAACGCACCCUUGACCGUGCGAUCUCUCUCUGCCAUAAAAACCGUCCCAAGCGGACGCUCAGAUAGCUUCUCCAUAAAAUAUCGCCCCUACUACCUCAACUACAAUCCCCAUCCUCACAGCGUCGAUAAGAGCGAGCUUAUCGAUGUCCGACCACGCAACAUGACCCCGGAACAGCGCACAGCGCUCGUUAACCGGAUGAAGCAGAUCGGACGGUCUAUGAGUAUUCUUUUUAAGACUGGGCGAAAGAUUGGCAGUACAAGGGAUGCGCAUCGGGUUGUUUAUUAUUGUCAGAUGAGUAAAAGUAAGAAGGGUGCUGAUACGCCCACUACUAAUGAUCUUGUCGGGAAGAUUUUUGAGGCAUAUCAUGAGAGGGAGAUGGAUAUCUCGGAUCCGGUUGUUUUGAGGGAAUUGGCUGCUGAUGCUGGAAUGAGUAGGGAAGAGGUGGAUGGGUGGUUGGAUGCUUGUCCGGCGGUUGUCGAUGAGGAAGCCCGGAGGAAUAAGGAGGAAGUGAAGUCGGGAGUUCCUGUUUUUAUUGUCCAGGGCGAGCAUCGCAUUGAUGGCUCCAGGGACAUAGCUGAGUUUCUGGAAUAUUCAGUAAGGUGAAAGAGACUGAGAUGCAGGGCCUGGGACAAUGUGAAGGAUUACAGCACGGCUGCAAUAUAUCAUGUCUAUCAUCGGCAUUUCAGCAAUAAAUCACUGCCAGAAAGAAAGAAAGCCACUGCCGAUAUCCUGUCGACCAACUCGUAUUUAAUGGGUAC